AUGGCGCUGAAAUCCGCCAAGGGCAAGGGUGUGGCUAAGGAUGCCGGAACGGUGGAGCCGCCGAAGAAUUCCUCCUCGGUGAACCCAGAGGACGUGGAUGCCGUCAUUGAGAACGUCGCCAAGGUCGCCGAGGCGGAUGCCGAGAAGAUCGCCGCCGAGGAGGCCGCCAAAGGUGCUGCGGAGGACGCCGCCAAGGGGUCUGCCGGGGAGGCCGGCAGGGCCGCCGCUGAGGAGGCCGACAAGGGGCCUGCUGGGGAGGCCGGCAGGGCCGCCGCCGAGGAGGAGGAGGAGGCUGCAAUGCAGGCGUCAGCUUCCCAUGCCCCCGAAGUGUCCGAGUUGAGGUGGAAGUUAGAGGAAAAGCAAGCUGAUGCGUCUGAGGUCGUGACCCUCAAGAGCGCGCUGGCUGAAGCCAAGCAAGAGGCGGAGGAGGAACGAGCCGCCCGCCUGAAACAUGAAUCAAGGGUGGAGAAAGUCCAGCAAGAGCUUAAGGAUGCUAUAAGCAAAUCGUUUGUGGACCUGCCCUGGAGUAUUGCUGAUGCUGCAGAGUUCUUCUGA